GCCUUUUCAAAGAGUGAGAGAGAAGUGAAAGGUCGGUGGCAGUUGGCGGUAAAGUCUUCAGUGUUGAAGCCUGUUUCCCAAAUUUCUAGUGUGAUUGUUCCGCGAAACCCCGUUCAUUUUCCAUUUAUCGAGAUGCCGUCUCUCCUAGACUCUUGUGAAAAGUUUUUUGAUACCAGAGACCUGUACGCAGUUUUGAAUAUAAAGAAAGAUGCCAGCGACAAACAAGUCCGUAAGGCGUACCACAAACUGUCACUAGUCGUUCAUCCAGACAGAGUUGAUGAAAAGAAGAAAUUGGAGGCUACUGAGAAAUUCAAAGUACUUGGACAUGUGCAUUCAAUUUUAAGCGAUGCUGAUAAGAGACAAAUUUAUGAUGAAACAGGAGAUUGUGGGGAAGAUAGUGAUGAGCUCAGUGAUCGUGAUUGGAGUGAUUACUGGCGAUCCUGCUUCAAGGAAAUCACUGUUAAGGAUAUCACAGAUUACGAGCAGCAGUACAAAGGUUCUGCAGAAGAGUUGCAAGAUUUGAAGAAUGCAUACAUUCAUGGGAAAGGAUCAAUGGAUUGGAUUUUGGAAGCUGUUCCCUUUACUAAUACUGAGGAGGAAGACCGCCUACGUGAACGUCUCAAGCCUCUGAUGGACAGUGGGGAGAUACCUGUUUACAAAAAGUUUACAAAUGAAAAUCCAAAAAAAGUUGCAGCUAGAAAGCGAAGGUAUGAGAAGGAAGCCAAAGAAGCUGAGGAGUUGGCUGCUGAGCUGGAACUGGACACAAAGAAAAGUGUUGAAGAUGAUGGCGAAGGAAGUCUUAUGGCUGUUAUUAAGGCUCGACAGGGUCAAAGGCUGCAGGAUAGUGAAAAUUUCUUAGACCGUCUUGCAGAAAAGUACAUGGCAAAGGCUUCCAAGGGAACCAAAAAGAAGUCCUCAACUAAGAGUAAGAAAUAGCCUUUGGGUUGUCAACAUUCUCUUAUCUUAAUAAGUUUCUAUUUCUAAAUUAAAGCAGAUAUGAGUUAAGAUUGUGGUAUGAGAACAGGUGAUAACAUUUCUGUUCUUUCUUUCUCUGUGUGUGGAAAUUGAUAUUUGCAAAAGAAGUUAUCCUUUCUAAAGAAAUUAGUGCAUGCACCAUUGCAUGAUUUCAACAAUCCGACAUUCAUAUGAAUUUAUACAUUUUUUUUUUUAAUUUUUAAGAUUGCUAAUUAAAAUAUUCAUUCUUCUUA